AUGUUCAAAGCCAUUCGUAAUUACUUUAACUACAACGACCUGAUCGAUAUCAAUAUCAAUGAAAGGCUAAAAUACAUUCACAAUGAAAAUGGAACAGAAGAACUCAAUCUUCGAAUUUCAAACCUUCUUACCGACAAAUACGAAGAUAAAGUUCUCAUCUUCAACUUUACAUCCAAACCGUUUCCUUCCGUAGCUACACGUCCAUGUAUUGACAUUGGUUCAACACCAGUCAUCAGUGAACAUUUUGAACAAAUUCCAAUUCUUCUUUCCCUUUCUCAUAUGAUUGAUAACUAUCUCCUAAAUUAUUCAUCAUCCAAAGAUUAUUAUGUGGUAUUUGUUGCUUCUACUCAAACCGUUUGUUAUGCCUUGUUAUUAGCUUCGGUAUUUGUUUCCUAUACCGAUUCCAAAAUGUAUAUGGAUAUGUAUGGAAUUGAACAAUCCAGUCUUAAAUCUCAUCAUCCAGAACGAAUUAUUACUACAACGGUAUUGGAUGGCUCUACAGUUCCUUCUGCUCAUUCUUCUCCGAAUAUUCAUAAUAGUAAUACUAGUAGUAGUAAUAACAACAAUAAUAAUAAUAACCACUCGAUCACAACCUCCGAUGAAUAUGUCUUUAUCAAUGAGCAUAUGAGUGGAGAUCCCAAUGCCCAUGAUACGAAUGGUUCAUCAUCAACCGCUGGAAUGGGAUCACCCAAACUAUCCCGAACUUCUAUUGCAAGUGCCUCUGAAGCAGGAAUGGAUCAAGCAAUGGCUGCAGAGACUAAUUCCACGUGUAGCGAUCGAACCACCACAACUGUCACUACUACAACCACGACAACGAAUUAUAGCACUCGAAUUUUGAAUACGGUGCAAAUUCUACAGCAUGCCAGAGAAACCGUUUAUACUCGAUUGGAGAAGAAAUUGAAUGCUAAAUCGUUGAACAAGCUCAAGAGUUUGGAACCUUCUGUUUUUAGAUAUGCUAAUUUAUUUCUGAUUGCAUUGCAACGACCGCUUUCAUUGAUGAUUAUUCAGGAUCAUCCUCAUCUUUCCAUCUCUUCUCAAAUUAGAACGACUUAUUUUAAACCAUCAUGCUUUAGAUUGCAAUGUAUUUCAAUGAAUAGUUCGAGACUUUGUGUGAAAUACUCGAAUAAUGGAAUGAUUGCUUCAUUCUUAGAUCAAAGUAAUUCAACGUUAGAAAAUAGAAGACAUAGUAUGUCUGCUAGAAAUUUAAAACGUGAGGAAUGGGUCUCUGUAAGCAAAGGCGAUUCUACAGACGAUGAUAACAUUCCUGACAGUCUAGUUGCUUUCCAAUAUCGGAAAUUGUACUUUGUCGUUCGAAAACAAACCGACAUUUUGUUUUCAACUUUCACAACCGCUUCUACCAAUAAUGCUCCAAGAGUAGAGAGAAGAAAGACAGUUCUCUCUUCACACAAUCCAGAGGAGAGACCUUCCACUCGUGUGGAAACAUGGUUCCAUUAUAAUUUACCAUUCAAUGAAAGCAAACCAUUGAUGGGAGAUUUUAUAUUGCUAGCAUUUACAAUGGCUGAUGAUGGUAAUAUUAUUUCACUGUUUAGAUUUACUUUUAAUACCAUGUUUUUGACAAGCACUGUUGUAGUCGUUGACAAGAGUGAGCUCGAUUGGGCUCACAACUCUCCUGCAUUUUCAUCAAAUUUCAAAUUAGAAUUGAAUUUCUCUGAAAUUGAUUGCAGCAGUGAAAAGGAAGCUGAAGAACUUUCUACUUCCUAUUGGACUGAAUUGAUUUGUGCUCUUGAUAAAUGUCCACAUUUCCUUUCAAGAACUGCAGAACUUGACAAUGCAAGACAACUCUUAGUGACCAAGCCCUAUCUCAUUGAUGUACCAAUAGGAGACAACAUGUUGACGACAACCACUCAACCAGGAAGUAGCAACAAUUCACCUCUUCUUGUAAAUAACAAAGAAAAUUCAUCUCCUCGUCUCAAUGGACAAAACUCUUCACCCAGUCUUGGUUCCAUUCCUCCUCCUCCACCUGAAUUGGGUGUGAUUCCUCCUCCUCCUCCAACCAAUGGAGGGAGUUUCAUUCCUCCACCUCCACCUCCUGGUUUUGUUCUUUCAUCUUCAAAAAAGAAAUACAAGACAGCUGAAGCAGAAGAAGUGAGCAAAACAAAACAAUUGCAUUGGAAGCCAAUUAAGAAAGUGAGCUCUGCAAGUUCCGUUUGGAGUCAAAUUGAUGAGGUUGAUGAAUCAUUAAUUGAUCUCGAAAAGAUUGAAAUGCUCUUCGCAAAACAAGCCAAGAAUGAUGAAGAUGACAUGUCAACUUCUCCAAGAUUAGGUUCUUCUUCAACAAUACCUUCUCCAAGAACUAAGGUGUCACCUCGACAACAACAAAAGUCACUUGCCACUGAAGGUAUUAUUGAUGCCAAGUCUGCUAGAAAUAUUGAAAUUAUUAUUAACAGUCAAUUUAAGCAAGCUAGUAGUGAACAAGUUGUUGAAGCAAUUAAUAAUCUCAACAUUACAGCUCUCUCUGCACAACAAGUUGAAAAUAUGGAACAAUUUGUCUCUACCAGUGGUGACUUGUUUAACAUGAAGGCCAAGCUUAAAGGAAUCGAUCGUGAAGAGUUACCAAAAACAGACACCUUCUUCUUGGAUGUGUUAUCUGUUGAGGAAGUGGGUACCAAGCUUAAAUUGAUGAAAUUCAUGUUGAAUUAUCCAAAUCUUCAAAAAGAUCUUACUGAUAAGAUUGAAAAGAAGAGAGCUGCGAUCAGGUGCAUUACCAAUUGUGCAUCAUUCACAAAAGUUCUUUCUUACAUUCACGCCAUUGGUUCAUUCAUGAAUAGAGGUAAAAAGAGAUUAGAAGGAGAGGGCUUCGAUUUAAGAAUUUUACCCAAACUUGUGGACACUCGUUCAUCCAUUGAUAAGAGUAUGAACUUGAUUACCUAUCUUGUCAAAGUUCUUGAAAAAGAUACCACCGGAAGUAUUAACUUUGAUCAAGAGUUGGUGGAUGCUGGAGUUUGUACACAUGGUGUGACUGUCACUUUGGCCAAUGUCUCUCAAUUACUAAGUGAAAUUCAACAACAAUACAAAUUUAUUGCAAAAGCAGUGGAUGAUAUCAAUAAGGAGAAGUGCACUGAGGAUUACAAGACCAAUUUGAUAACUUUCUUCAAGACCUGUCAAGAAGAAUAUCCUAAAAUGAUGGAGGCCUAUGAAAGUUUACAAAAAGAAGCAACCACUUGUUAUGAAUUCUAUCAUUUUGAACUUUCUGAUGACGGUUCCGAUCGAAAACUAGUUGAAGAUGAAUUCUUUGCAAUUAUUUCCGAGUUUGUCACUCAGUAUCGUAAGGCUAAGGAAUCUGUAAUCAAGUCUCCAAGAAGCAGUCCAGCAGGUAUGAAAAAGAGAAGUCAGUCCUUGAUGAAACUUGAUUUGAAUAGAAUUGAUAAGAGAUGA